UCCGUGGCGCAUAAGAAGUAGUGUCGCCAUGACAGCUGAUCGCUUCUUCGGCGCUUGACGUUUGCCUUCGGAACAUGACAUUUUGUGAAUGCAACCACGACAAAUGGCAGACAACUUCUUCGGAUUCGAUACAAGCCUCGGCGCUGGCUUGGACGAUGGAUUAGAUUGUCUGGAUGAUGAGGAAUAUGGAGAGGAGAAUAAUUAUGAUGCUUUAAACGACGAAACCUUUGGUUCUGAAGCUACUGCGGGAGAUUGGGAACAAGAUCAUGAGAAGCUAGCCCAGAUCACAGAGUCCAGUAGACCUCGUCUACAAAAUGACUACAGCAAGAGUGAGUCGGAAAUCGAUGUGGAAAACAGCCUUUCCCAUCUGGUACUCGAUGAGAAGGAAGUCACCAUACCUCGACCCGGUGUAUGGGAUAGUCCAACGAAUUUCCCAAUAGCUCCGCCUCAAAUUCGACCAAAGCCCUCUUUAACAUCAGCACUGAAAAAUGCUUGCACGGUCGAAGAGUUGGAGAGAGGGCUUAUCACCAGCCGGCCACCUCCAGGUCUUAUUAAGCAGCCUACUGCAUCACAACCAUCAUCUACAAGUGGUGGAAAUUUGUUUCUUAAUUCGAUAGUAUCUGUUGAUAUAUCACAACAAAUCAAUGGAGUUGCUCCACCACCUAACCAAUUUCCAUUGGUACUUCCUUCAAAUGUUAGACUGGCACAUCCACAGUUUCAUCUUCAAAAUGUUAGACCAAUGGCUAAUCAACCUGGAAAUAUGCUCAGAUACCCUCUACCUCCCCACUUGUUGAUGCCUGGAGGCCAAAGACAACCACCUGUUCAUGGCAACUUCCCAAUGAACAAUUACCCUCACCCAUCUAAUCCUGGUAUGGGUCCACUUCCAUUUAUGCGCCAAGAUCAUCCUCUGAUUCUUCAAAAUAUGCAGCAGCAGCACCAGAUGCAUGUUGGCAACCAAAGGAAUCAAAAUAAGCAGUUUAAUCACAAAGAUCGCCAGGAUAAUCACCAUCAACCCUUCUUCAGGAACAAUCAGUAUAACUAUCUAAACAUGAAGAAUAUUCAUAAGUACCUUAUAAACCCGGGUCAUCAUGGACAUCAUAUGCAUCCGCACCUCACGAACCACCACCAAAACUAUAUGUCGAGUAACGGCGUUAGUCCAUCUGAAGAGCAGGAUGAGUACGCUGGGCUCAUGAACAAUAGAGAAAAGCAGUGGUUGAACAAUAUUCAGCUUUUGCAGCUCAAUACGAACCAACCCUACUUCGACGACUAUUACUACACGGUGUUCUGUGAUAAGAAUAAGAACAUACUUCGUAAAGCCGCAAUUGGCAAGAAGCCAACAAACGGCAAGAAUAAUGGAAAUAAUAACAGUAGUAAUGGUCACAGAGAUUCGAGGGACAGAGAUCAACCACAACAUACCUUUACCCCUAAACCUGGCAAUACUCCAAUGCAGUUCGAAAACUCAUUGGGAAAAUUGCAGUAUAGUAGUGUUACUGCGCCCCGAAAAAUUAUUGACAUGGACGUUGUUCCCAACAGUGAUCCGCAGCAAGCUACAUCACUUCAGCAAAAGGACACCAAGAAAACUCGACAACUUCUUUUGGAAAUUGAAAGGUUGUAUAUGUUGCUGUUAAAACUUGAGGAUACAAAUAAUCCUUUGGCUAUAUUAGCUAAUCAGCAACGUGAACAACAACAAAGAGAGCAGCAACAACAGGAAAGUGGCGAAGUGAUUCCUGAGCCGGUGCAUCCACUAAUACAGAAUCAAGAACUGACUGUAUCGAUAGUGACCUCUCUUUUACAACUUGCACAGGAAGAUAAAUUAGCAAGUUUUCUUAGUAUUCGUAAAGGCAAGAUGCUAUUCCUUCGCUUUUUGGAAUCUGCUGUUGUGGAUGAGAUUCCAGAUAAGCUGGAAAUCCUGUGGGUUGGAAUCAUCAAGGGUUUGCCGAUUAUUGCACGAAGGGAUUCCCAUUUGUUUGAAGAUUUUUCUAAAGAAUUUAACAGGUGGGUAGUACAUAACAAACCGUACAAACUUUGGGUACCGCGUUUAGUGAAGGAAUUCCUCGAACCUGCCAGUCAGCCAUCCAAGAGCAAUACCCUUACGUUUGCUCUUUCUAACAAGUUCGGUAUCUCGGUAAUAGGAUUAAUGAUAGAUACCGUCACAAGAGAAUAUAUCUUGCCAGAAUAUACCAUGGAUGAUCAAGAUUGGCAGCAUUGGCCGCGUUUCCUACGAUCCGUUGGUGAGGCACUGAGCUCGAGUUCAUCGAUCGUGGAUCCUUUCUGGAAGAUUUGGUCCACACACAAAGAGCAGUUUGAUAAACACUUGGCGCAAAACGACAUCGACUCUUCGUACUUUGCAGCUUUCAAGAUUUUCUUCUAUUCGCGAUAAAAGCUGCCACUUUUUAUUCUCCUCCAAAACAAAAGGAACCACAAGCAUUGCCGAGCGCGCGCGCGCGCCCACACACAGACACAUUUUCUUUCGUACGUUAUUUGAACGUUUUACUACUGAGUAAUCAAUUAAUUAUUAUUAAUUAUUAUUGUUAUAUGAUCCCGCCUCCCCCUUGCUUCCAACGAGAGAGACACGCCUUUUUUUAACGUGAUAAAAAAAAAAACUAUUAUAACGACUCGAACGAUUUGCAAUAGAUUUACACGAUUGACGAGGACAGCUCUCUCGGUGCGUUAGGAUGGAUAUUUCGCUUUUUUGUUUGGUUCCGUAGGAUUUAAUGCGGUCGAUAUUAAGAUGGACUCUUUUGUAUAUCAAAUAAGGAUGGGAUGAAUUAUUGUGCUCUUGCUGAAAUUGAUAUAACGAUGCGUUAUUUAUUUUAAUUAAUACGUAUAUGACCAUUAGUUUUUGUUUGGAAAUCUAAUAUCGCAGUGAUGAAUCUGUAUAUUUUUCACGACUUUCACUAAUAAUAGUUUAGUAAUAGUUGAAACAUGUAAUGUUAUAUAUGUUAGACUUAAGCUAUAUAGAUAGUAAUUCAUAGAUUAAAGGUACAGCGCGUUUAAAAUUUUACCCCGUGUAUAAUGAAAAAGUACUGUCACUUUGCAAUUUGAUAAACUAAAGAUGGCGUACUAAAACUGAAAAAGUAGCAAUCGUUACUUUACUUAAGAUUUUUUUAAUGACCAUAAAUUUUAAGCGUGUGCUAGCGUAUAUCUUAAGUUAUUUUUAUACGAACUAAAUAUUGUGAAAUACCGCGGAGUCCAGGCGAAGUGUCCGUCUCAAAGCAUCGGGGAUGACGUUCUCGUACGAUUUAUAGAUGCGCCUUGCAUCGAAGGCCUUUUUCGUACUUUCGCAGUGUAACGUUGUAAACUUUUAAAUAGAAAAAGAAGAUGCUUUUUCUAGUGUUAUUAAGUCACAGCUGCGAGCAGUCUCCUUUUCAACGCUCAGACGCGAGGUGACGACAAGCUUGUGGUAGGCAGUAAUCGUUUGAAAAAAUAUGUUGCCGUACGUUUCUGCCUAUUAUUUACAAACUCGUUGCCGCCUCGUUCGCUCUUUUUGUUCAUUAUUUAUACUUUUUUAUUUCAUCUAUCUAUGUUCGCGAUUAUUAUAAUAUUGUUCUUCAAAUUCAAGAAGUACACAUUAUCAACCGCAGUGUUCAAAUUAUGAUAUUUCUACGACGACGAUAUUGACAAGCGCGUCGGUGAUAGCGAUUAUGCGAACCUAAAUGUCAAAUACUUUGCUAAUUUAGUUGCCGUUCAAAAGUAAUCAUGAAAUAGUACAUUACGAUACGUGUGACUUAAAUGGCUCUUUUUUAUACGGCGCAGUUAGCACCCGAGCGUAGCGAGGGCGCUAAGCGCCGUGUAAAACUGAACCAUUUAAGUCAAGAGUAUAGUAUAAAAUUUUAUAGCACAGACUGCUAAAAUCCGCAAGUCUCGCCUAUUCGCGACUAAAGUAAUCCUUAUUUGCACUGUGAGGUUAGCGCACGAGCGUAGCGAAUGUGAUAAACACGGUGCAAAAAAGGACUACUUUAGUCACAGAUAGGCGUGACUUAAUAGCGGGUUUUAGUCACACUGUGCUAUAAAAGAUCUAUAGUUUUUAAGAUACUUUGGUUCGCAGCCUACAGCUUUGAAGGGAGAAGAUAAGAACAAGCGAGGUGUACUUUUGUGAAAUUUCUUAGUCAUCGUUACUAUAAAUAUCGCGUGCUGAAGAUGCAUUUAUCCGAAUAUACUUUUCACGUCCACGCGAGCCAAGCACCCGCGUGGUCUCUAACAUUUACACUCGGCCGGAACGCGGUACGUUUUUCUCUUGUAUCUGGGUUUAACGAGGGCUCGAUGAUUAAUGUGCACUAGGAUCGUUUGAAAUCCACUUGGUGACGACUUGCUUGUUGAGCGGAGAAGAAAAGAGGGACUGGGUCUUUGAUUAAGGGGAUGCAAAACUGGGGUUUGUAUAUCUAUUUUUUCGACCCUAGAUUUCUGACUGAUGGAAAAUCAAUUUUUUUAGUUUAUCGGAGCAAGUGUUUGUUACUCAUAGUACGGUUAAUGUUUGAAGAAAUAAUAUGUUCACAAUCUUACGGACGACACUGUACUACUUGGUGACGACAAAAGCGUGUUUAAAAUGCAAGGAGAAUUAGCUCUUAAGCGAAAUGACGUCGGCGAUUUAGCACUUUUGCAACCCCUUAAAAAUAAAUGUACGUGUAAUGUACUUGUAAUGUAUGGUUAAAAAGUGAAGAAAAGUAACGUUCGUUUUUCGUUAAAUAUUUCUGCGUUGAUACGUGCUAGCGCACAAGAAACUGUGGCAAAAAAGGGUGACUAGAGAUUUUUUGUUUUUUUUUUUAAGGAAAAAAAGACAAAGCCGACAAAAAAGCAGAUUCAGAUCGAAUGAGAAAAAAAAAGAAACUAAUGUAUGUACCUAUGUAAGUAUGUCUAGCAUGUAUAUAGUCACGCGUGAAGGACGCGAACCGAUAUAUAUUUCGUAUGUAUCGAUGAUAGUAAGAAAUGUGAAGAGGAGUUCAAAACUAAGUUUGCGUCUCUAUAGGCCGUGGUGUUUCAUAAUUAUCCUCCCGUGAUUUAUUAUAUUAAUAUUAUUAUUAUAUCAUUGCUGUACCCCCUAUUUUUUCCUUUUUCUCUUAUGUAUGCGCUUUUCUCUCUUUUUGAACCCGAAUUUGAUUUUUUGUGACCUCAAACCCUAUUUAGAAAACGAUCAUGCGAGAUUAUUGUAUUUAUGUGGAGGACAAUGAAGUCGUGAUUAUGUAUAGAAACGCUAAUGGCUCAUUUAUACAAUUUGUAGAAACACAACAUGUGGCAUCGAUGAUUCAAAAGAGUGUCAUUAAAAUUUUGUUACUAAUUAUUAACUGUCGAUUUCGUGAGAAGUCUCUAAUAAUAUGUUUAACUUUAUAUAUAUGAUAACGUUAGGUUACUAAAGAUUAUUAUUAUAGUUAUUAUAUUAUUAUUGAUGAAUUGAAGGUAGCUUCUAAUUUUUCUACUAUAUAUAUAUAUAUAUAUAUAUAUAUAUGCGCCUUCGAAAUUCAGUGGUCGGAGAGCUUUAUUUGUUCAUCAAAAAAUUGUUAUAUUUUUUUAACACGUGGGUAUACAAAAUGUGUAAAGGGAUGAGAACAUUGAAUAAUAAUUUUUUGAUUUUCUAUAAGGCCAUAAGAAAACUCGGGAAAACAAUCUGAAAUCUUGUGCUUUAGUUUUACGUCUUUUCUUAUAAAAGAAAAAAGAAAAAAGAAAAAGAAAAUUCAAUUGAUAUUUAGCAAUGAAGUUUAUCAGUUAGCAAGGUAUUAAUGACACCGAGUUUCCAUGGAUUCUGACUUAUUUUAUAAUCUUGUAUACAAAAAAAUUUGAAAAAAUUCAUUAUCACGCAAAUAAUAUAUCCAAUAUAUUGAAGAAAAGAAAAAAUAAAAAAAAAACAAAGAACUGCAACAGAGUUAUUUGAAUUUUGAUAUGAAAUGAUUGAAGUAACGCACGAUUUAUGAGACUAUUUGUCGGGCAGCGUUAUUGCAAAAUGAAGGAAAGGUUGAGCUACUCCCGAUGAGAUUUUUGCAAUAUACAGUUUGUUAAUUGAUUAUUAUACUGCAAGCGCGACUGACGAUGCUAUUAUAGAGAAACAAAGUAAUUUCAGAGUGUGAAUUAACUUUAAAAGAGUUAGCGAGCAGUAUGACUGAUUAAAAAAGGUAUAAAACAGAUCGAUAAAAAGAAUUUUUUAUGGUAUGUAUGUAUAUAAUAUACAUGUAUAUCGAGUAUCGACGACUAUUCUUCACCUCUUAGUACAUAUAUAUUUCAAACUUUAUCGACGAAGUUCUUGUAGAAAAAAAUGUGUGUACAUGUGUGCCGACACUCAGAAUUGCUGAAAAAUGUGAAGCUGGAUUCUUCGAUGAUCAACGGAAAUUUUUUGGCAACAAGCUCAACGUUGUCUGCUUUCUUAACAUUUUUUACGUCCUCGUAGAGAGUAACGAAGAACUCUUACCGACUGCUCGAAGUGGUCUUUGAUUAUUAUUGUACAACAUUCGAAAAAAAAAAAAUGAAAAAGAAAGAUCAUCACCAGUUCAAGACUUUCCAUUCGAAAAAAAGAAUAAUAAUAAUAAUAAAAUUCUGUAAUAUUUUCAAUUCUUAAAAAUUUGUUCUUCCACUUUGUCGAAACUAUUAAUAAAAACAGUUGACGAACCUA